CCAGUCUUUGUUUACGUUUAGUCGCCAUCAGAUGUCAACGAUACAUGUUUUGUGUAACGUUCAAAAACCUCAUUUCCAUGCAAUCUCUAACGGGUGACCGAUACAAAACUCGAUAAUCCACAUUUAAGUGUAUAAUAAUGUAGCAAGAGUCGCACAAUAACCGCUUCAUACAGUACCCCAUCGCCCUAACUAAAAUAAUGGAUUCAAAACCACAGCAUCAAACAACCGACACCGACGAAACCUCAUCAGAUUUAGGGGGUAUCAGACCGUCGUUUAGAUUUCCACCGGCCCCGCGUUUAUGUAAAUGUGCAAACAGCAUCACCCCACGAAGUGUAAGCUAUAAUUCAGAUAGUUCAGUUAGUGAUGGAACCCUAUUAAGGACGAGGAGACGCAACAGGCGAAGGUAUCUAAAGCAUCUCCCUCCAAUCGGUGUCUUUUGGGACAUUGAAAACUGUCAGGUACCGAAGAAUAAAAGCGCUUCGUCCAUUGUACAAAAAAUCAGGGAAUUAUUCUUUGACGGUUACCGAGAAGCCGAGUUUAUCGUUGUUUGUGAUGUUAAAAAAGAAAACGCACAAAUUAUACAAGACUUACACGAUGCUCAAGUUAAUUUAAUACACGUCUCGUCGACCAGCAAAAACGCGGCAGACGAAAAACUACGACAGAGUCUUCGUAGGUAUGCGGAAACGUAUUCGGCUCCGUCUGCCGUGGUUUUGAUCUCAGGCGAUAUAAAUUUUGCGGGUGAUCUCUCCGAUUUACGUUACCGGAAGAAAAUUCAAGUCAUUUUAAUACAUAAUUGUAACGCUGCGGAUGCCCUCAUUUCGUGUGCUAAUAAGUCGUAUGCUUAUGGAAGUCUUACAGAAAAUUUACCGUUAUUAAAAACAAAAAUUUCAAGCCAGUAUGAAAUAUUAAUUGAAAAUUUACCAAUUAAUUGUGGAAUGAAGAAAUUAAGGAAUCGAUUGAAUCGACUUUCAGAUAAUUGUGGAGGAAAAGUUAUUAAUGUUGAUAUUAAAUUGGGGGCGGCUGUUUUGGUUUUUAGUAAUUAUAAUUUUGCUAUUAGGGCCCAAAGGCGUCUCCGAGGGGAGGAUGUUUAUGGAUACAAAAUUCGAUUGUCAAAUCCAACGAACGUUGGAGAUUUACCAGCAAGAAAUUUUACCCCUCGUCCACCAAAGUCUGUGGAAGGCGCCGGACAAUCCUCAGGUUAUUGCAGCCAAGAUGGCGGCAAUUAUUACCCUAAUAGUCAAAAUAAUAGCUGGGAUUCCAGGAAAUAUUUACAAGAACAGGACACCGCUAAAAAUUUACCAUACAUACCUCAAGACAACUUCUUUGUCCCAAUAAAAUCAUCAAAUUCUUUGCAAAUAACCCAACAACGUUCGUCGACGCCGAUGGAUGAUUCGAUGGGGGCUUGCGGAGUUUCUUACCCAAACCGAUCAAGAUCAAACAGUGCGUUCGCGUUGAAAGAGGAAGAAAACGCGACUUAUCAAGCAAACAUUGGCUACAAAACCAUCGAAUUGUUGAUUACCAAUUUGGACCCGAGUCUUAAUUUAAAAUCCGUCCUUCAAAAUUUAAUCAAAGACUAUGUUAUGGUGGUUGGUUUGAACAUUACGUACAUGAAGGACACUCCGAUCGCAAGUGUUAAAGUUGCCUCGCAUCAAGAUGCUCAGUACCUGAUCUCUAAAUUACAUCGUUACAAACUUGGAAAUAGGAGGAUUAUCUUUUCGUAUGUUCAAAGUGAUAAUAUCGAUCCUGCUUAUUUAAGGGAUAGAGUUAUUUCUGUUUUAACUGAAUUCCCUGGAAAUCGACUUCCCUUAUAUCAUUUAAUCACGCUACUUCAAAGCAGAUUUAACAUAAAAGUAUCAAAAUACGAAUUGAACAGACUGAAAGAUACCGUUCGUAUCGAAGACAUCAACAGCGAACGAAUAAUUAGUUUAAUUCCGGAAAUGCGUUCUUCGCCAACCGUUGAAAUCAAUACAUUAUUAUUAGCGUAUUGUAACGUACAUUGUCCCAACGGUUUUUUUAACGAACAUUGGUAUGGCUCCCAAAAUUAUACUUUACCCAACAUAAACAUGCCUCUACAAACUUUUUCCAACAAAUUACACACUUUAUUAACGUUACACAUGGAUAUUUUACCACUUUUAAGUUUCCCAAUUUGUUAUGAAUCAAUUUUUGGAGAAGAAAUCCCCACAGAUGAAAACGGGGUCCCUUUAGAGCAUUUAGUGACUUGCGUGGAGGGUGUAAGUCUCAAUUUUGGAGGUCCAAGGCGAAACGUGAAAUACCUAAAACGUUCGAAUCAAAACAUUGAUAGUCAUGUAGUUAAAAAUGAGGAUGAAACGAUUGGAUCAGACACGAUGUCUGAAGAGAGUAACGCCAAUUUUCGAAUACUUAGUCGAGAAAUCUUUGAAAUCUUAAGCAUGACUAAGAACUAUCAGUUGAAUCUUUCGAAAUUUAUCCCGUUGUAUCACAAUCAUUAUCGACGACAAUGUAAACUUGCUUAUUAUGGGUUUACAAAGUUAAUUGAUUUAUUACAAUGCCCAUAUUUAUCUAAAGUUAUACAGAUAAUGGGCGAUGGUGAUAAUCGAGUUAUAACAUUAACACAUUCAGCUCAAAUUCGUCGAUUCACUCGCGAUUUAUUUAAAGUACUAAAAGCACAUCAACGAAAACCGAUAACUUUAAACGAAUUUCCAUCGAUUUACGAACGGGCGAUUAAACGUCCGUUCAACGUUUUCGAAUACGGUUUAUGCGAGUUGGAGGAUUUAUUAAACGAAGUUCCGAAAGGAGUUAUAGUCGUUUCGAAAGAAAAUCCCGACGAAACCGUAACAAUUUCGAUCCCAAAACCGAUUCAAACCGCCGAACAAGUUAUUCGUACAAAACAAUUCGCCGAAAAUGUCAUCAAAUUGUUGUAUCACACACCUCAAGGUUCGAUGAUGUUCAAUAAAUUCGUUCCAGCAUAUCAUUGGCAUUUCGGGCAUCAGUGUCGAAUAAGCGAUUAUGGGUUUACAAAAUUGAUUGAUUUAUUUGAUGCGAUUCCGGAAACGGUUCGAAUUGAAGAUCUUCCGAAUGAUGAAAGAAAAAUUUCUUUAACAGCGCCGGUUGCGUUGAGAAUUUUAGGUUUAAAAAUACGGAAUAUAAUACAAACCUCUAAAUUAGCUACUGUACCUUUAGUGGAUUUACCAACGACUUAUUUGAAACAAUACGGUUAUCCACUUCUUCCUCAAACGUACGAUUGCGAAACAAUCCUAGAAGUUCUUCAAAAAUUAACAGAUUAUGUUGAUGUUUCUAUAAGCAGCGCUGGUCCGAUGCUUAUUUUAGCCUCAGCCGAAUUAAACGCAACCGCAAUAAUGCGAAUUUGGUCGAUAUUAUUGCAACCUCCCCAUCAAUUAACCGCCAAUGAAUUUAUUAAUCGGUAUCAAGAAAAUUUUCAUACCUACACUUAUUUGGCGCAACUCGAAGAUUUAAAAGAAAUCGUUUCAAUUCAAGGGGAUGAUAAUAAUGAUAAUAAAACGGUCCAAUUAAACGCUUUUUAUGAAUUGGCUGCGGAAUUUUAUCAUUUAUUGUAUAAAGCUGGAGGAAAGAUUCGAUUGGGACAAUUGGAAGUAAGGCAUAAACAAGUUUAUAACAAAACGAUUUGUUAUGAAACCUUCGAUUCUGAUGGUUUGGAAGAUUUACUGGGAAAAAUGGAUUUUGCCUUUGUUGUUCAAUGGCCGGCUGGAAGGACUUAUGUUUCUUUAAAACUUUCUCUUAGCGCUUAUGGAAUUCCACUCCCGGUGCAUUGCGAUACAAUCACGGAAACGUCUGAAAAUCAAGGAGGGAUCGUUUGGCCUCCCGUACCCCCCUUAUCGAUGUGGAACCAUGGACUGAGUCUAUGUGAACCUGCAAAGCCCGAUACUCCCCCCGCAAACCCCGGAAAUGUGUACAGUCCGAAAACAUCACCCAUGUUUUCAAUACAUCUGCCCAUUUUUAACACUCCAUCAAAGGCGAUCACCACGUGGAGAUCUAUAUUAUCACCGAUGCCAAAUUUACAACCGGUUUAUACAUAUCCUGGGAUAUCGUCUCCACAUCCGGCGGAAGUUCCUAUGCCAAAUAAACUUUUAGAGAAAGAUGAUUCAAACGAUUCCGGCGUAAUUAAUCAAUCAAAAUCAAAUUCAGAAACGGAUUCUUCGACGGAGAAGGAAAAACAAACCGGUACAAAACCAAAGAUACUUUCUACUGGUAAGAAGUCACAAUUAAAGUUCGAAUAAAAAAAAAAGUAAUUUUUAAUGUGUUCCUUUCAAUUUUAAUCACGUAAUUAAAAUAAAUUUAAGUAAAUAGCGUUUCCGCUCCUGCUCUAUAUGCGUUUUCAUUAUAAAACUUUUUAUCGAAAAGGCAUAUCGUAACACUACCGGAAAUCGUUAUAAAAUCACUUAUAUUUAAGCAUUCCAAUAAUGUUUCUGUGAUUGUACGUAGUAAUUUUUUACCAACUGUGGUUAAUUUUUUAUUGUUAAAAAUUUACUUAAUCUUCGAGUCAAAGUAUGAUCUCUUUGUACCGCCGACAAGGUAUUAAGUCUUUCUCUUUAUUAGUGUUUUGAUCAAUUUGUUUUUGUUCUGAUGAAUGCAUUUAAAUGGUUACAAGUUAAUAUCAACAAAUUAUGUGUGUUGAGAAUAAUAAAUGAAAACGGUAGAUUUUAUGUACGUCGCCCUGAUUCACAAAUCUUAUCUAGCCAAGUCAUAUUAAUUAUAUAUAUUUUUAUAUUUCACGUGACUAUUAAGGCGAUUAGUGUGUAAGAAAUUAAAUGUAUAGUUUCGAUGGAAUGCAAAAGAAAUUUAUGUUAUAUGUGAUUUUUCCCAAUAAAUUUUUACGUCUU